ACCUAUCUCCCCUCCCCUGUAAAAACUUUGCAAUUGCUUUCAGAGAACGAUAAGUUGUUGAAUCCCUCCCUAGAGAGACAUUAUAAAGGUACUUACAUGUACAUAUAUACGAGUAUCCAUACAAAAACACAGAGAGAGAGAGAGAGAGAGGAAAAUGGAUCAGAUUCUGAACAAGGUGGGAGCGUAUUGGAUAGGUCAGCAAGCCAACAAGGAAAUCGAUUCCGUCAGCGACGAUUUCAACUCCUUGUCAACCAGCAUUUCAGGAGGAUCCAAAUGGUUGGUCAACAAACUCAAAGGGAAAAUGCAAAAGCCACUAACUGAACUUCUAAAGGAGCAUGACUUGGCAAUAGGCUUCUUCCCUCGCGAUGCUACGAACUAUGAGUUGAACGAAGAGACUGGUAAACUUGUUGUCUACAUUCCCUCGAUAUGUGAAGUGGGUUAUAGGGACCCGUCUGUUUUGCGCUUUUCAACGGUAGUCACUAGGUAUUUCGAGAAAGGGAAACUAGCCGGUAUAGAAGGGAUGAAAACAAAAGUGAUGAUUUGGGCAAAAGUUACAUGUAUCACUUCGAAUGGUGGAAAGCUCCAUAUAUUUCACAGCUGGGAUGAAGAAAAGCAGGAAUAAAAAUGCUUAUGAGGUUCUUCGAGAUGGAGUGAGUGUAGAUAAGUUUUGAGAUAGUUGGAUGUAAUAUUUCAUAUAUUCUUGAAAGUUAUACGACUUUUCUGAUCGGUUUCGGAACCCCUUUGCUUGAAAAUUGAACUUUUCAUUUAUUUUGUAUA